CUGGGAUGUACCUUUUAUUGAAAUGCGAUGUUCUUGUGUUCGUAUAUAUUUUGUAGAAGAACGUUAAUAAUUAGUAAGCUGCUAUAAAAAUGGAGGAAUAUGUAAAACCACCACCUCCUUUAUUUGAAGGUGAAAAUAUAAGUAAUAACUGGAAAAUUUGGAAAAAAAAUCUUAUGGCAUACAUGAAAGCAACCAAUUCUUAUAGUAAACCAAACGAUGUAAAAGUUUACAUUUUAAGAAAUUACAUAGGAGAAUUUGGUCAAAGAGCUAUUGAUAAAAUUGUAUCAAAAAAUCCCAACUGCUUAAAUAACAUGGGUAUUUUAAUCCAAAAACUAGAUGAACAUUUUAGUAAUGAAGUCCAAGAAAGAUAUAAAUUUUUUACCUCUCAGAAAAGCACUAAUGAAUCUAUCAUUACUUAUAUCGAUAAUUUAAAGAAAAAAGCAAACUCUUGUAAUUUUGGAACCAUGGUGAAUAGUUUAAUUCGAGACAAAGUACUUGCAGAAAUAAAAGAUAAGCAACUUAUAGAGAAGCUACUCUAUAUAAGAAAUCUUGAUCUGUCAAAGUUAACGUCAAUAUGGUUGGAACAUACCAUACAAAAACAAAACCAACUUAGAUCAAAUCAAAAAGACAACACUUUCAAUAUUAAAGAAAAUCAGAAUAGCAUUACUAACAGACCAAAAAGUAUACUACAUAACAGACCUUGUUGGAAAUGUGGCCAAAGGCAUCCUCUAAGAGCCUGCCCUGCUUGGGGUUUUAAGUGUGAAAAAUGUAGUUGUUACAAUCAUUAUACAUCACAUUGUCAAGGUCUAAAAAAUGAUAACAUACAAUCAGGUCCUAGUGCUCCACUACCAAAUUUCCAGCAGUUGUAUCCAGAUUUGAAUAACGAUUCGAAUAAGGCAUGGUCAUGGGUUGAAGAACCAAAAAUAAAGAUAAAUGAAAAUUUACAAAAGAGUGAAGCACCAUUGGAGUCUCCGAAAACAGGGUCUGCUAGAAAUAAACAAGAGAAAGAUUCUUGUCAUGUGUCGUAAAACAACACAUCAAAUGCUG